AUGGUGUAUGAGCCAUUGAGAGUCCCUCAGUCGGGCCCAAUAGAUUUCACAAAGCUGAUAAAGAACAUUUCGAUUCGCUAUUUGUCAAGCACGAGGCCGGAACAAACGACACUUGAUGAAUGGAUAGUUCUCCCAUUAUAUCAAAAUAAUCAUGAUAUUCCAACGACUGAUGAUGGAAAGACCUCAUUACUGCUUGCUACCAAAAAUGAACUUCAAUUGAUUGUUGAUCGAUGGAUUGAAAGGCACGAGUUGGAAAAAACAAUUUCAUUCAGAAAGCCGAUAACGAAAAGAAAAAGUGUGGAUGAAGAGUGUAUGCUACGACUACAGUACCGAAAGGCUAAAGAACAAAAAAAGUCAUUGAAGAAACAGCUGGCACAGUUAGAAAAGAAGAAAAAACAAGGAUCGAAGAAAGUGAUGGAGUCAAAUUGA